AUGACAAUUCUUAAAAUUAAAUUUAACCAACAGAAGCGCGUUAAGCUAGCACAAGGAGUGUGGCUUCUGAGCUGGUUUUCAGUACUUGCUGGUGUUGUUAUCUUUGGUAUGGGGUUAUUUCUCAAAGUUGAGCUUAAAAAGAGAAGUGAAAUAAUGGAACAUGCUGAAAGUCAUCUGGUCCCCAAUUCUUUGAUAGUGGUUGGCAUACUAUCCAGUGUUUUAAAUGCUUUUGGAGGCAAAAUCUGCUAUGAUUCUAUGGAUCCCACAAAGUUUGCAAAGUGGAAACCUUUUUUACAGCCCUUUAUGGUUUUGUGUUUUCUUCUCAACAUUCUGGUGUUUUUCUCCUCCCUUUUUUGCUUUACAAUGAGAGGUUCCCUUGAAGAAACACUAUCACUGGGACUGAGGAAUGGCAUGAAAUUUUACAAAGACACCGACACCCCUGGGAGAUGCUUCAUGAAGAAGACAAUCGAUCUACUUCACAUUGAAUUUCACUGCUGUGGGAAUAACGGGUUUAGAGACUGGUUUGAAAUUCAGUGGAUCAGUAACAGAUAUCUGGAUUUCAGUUCUAAGGAAGUCAAAGAUCGAAUUAAAAGUAAUGUUGAUGGAAGGUACUUGGUGGAUGGAGUCCCAUUCAGCUGCUGCAAUCCAAGUUCCCCAAGGCCCUGUAUUCAGAUUCAAAUCACCAAUAACUCUGCUCACUAUAGUUAUGACUACCAAACCGAGGAACUGAACCUGUGGACCAGAGGCUGCAAGGAGGCACUUGUCAACUAUUUUACCAACAUGAUGCACACAAUGGGGGCCUUAGUGUUCCUUUUCUGGCUUUAUGAGAUUACAGUGAUGGUCGGACUGCGUUACUUGCUGACUUCUUUGUUAAGUAUUACUGAUUUAGAAAAUCCAGAAAGUGAAAGUGAAGGAUGGCUACUGGAGAAAAACCUGAAGGAGACAUUUAAAUCACUUCUAGAACGUGUGAAAAAGCUUGGUAAAUUCAACCAAGUACAGUCUGGUGAAGACAGUCAAGAAAAUGGUGAGGUCCAGACUGUGGCCACAGUUAGCUGAAAAUCUGUAUAAUACAGACAUUUGUUAAAAAUUGAAAUAAAAUCAAAAAACUACCAUCUAACUCUGCAAAACAAAAACAUAUCUGUUUCUACUAACGCUGCCAAGCAUUUCAAGAUAUGCUCUUGUAUAGUUAAUGAGUUUCUCUGGCUGGUUUUAUAGUGCUCCCUAAACAAGCUUUUGACUAUUGUAGCUGCUGAAUUCUAAUUCUAGUCUUAGUUAGAUGUUCCCAUUGGUGAAUACAUUUUAUAUUGUUGACUAGUGCACUGAAGUGGCAGAUAGCCAGACCCCUAUUAGGAUCACAUAACUAAACAUUAAAUCAUCCCCCUAA